AUGGUUAUGGACCCGAUCCUGGAAGUCACAGCAACAAGUCGUGCGGUUUGGUGCAAGGAGCCCAGCUGCACUCUGUCAGGUUCGAGCGUGUGUCAGGACUUCCCAGCGGGAGCUAGGCCGCAGAAGCGGACGUUAGGAACCCGGCGUGAGCGGGAGCUGCGGCAGGAUCGGGCCCGGAAUCGGGCCUUGCUGUCGGCGCCUGACCAGCAGGUGGCAGCGUCACCAUUCCCUGAGCCCAGCGGUUCCCAGUGUCCUCCGGCCGCUGCAGGAGCUGGGCACAGACCCCAGCGCUGGGCACAUGUGGGGGUUCUGAUCUGUACGGCCGGGCCCCCCGAGGCUCUGUCCAGGCCGCCGGGGGCUCUGGAAGCGGGUCGGAAAUCAGAGUCAGCAGAGCCCAUGUUGGCCCGUCAAGUUGUCCUUUUGCCAUGUGGCUGGGACGUCACCCCUCCAUCCUCCCAGCCGCCAGUGUGCCCUGGAUGCCCUGCUGGUGCUGCUCUGUGCCCAUGCCCGACGGGAGAUAUGCCUCGAUUCGCCCAGCGUGCCCUGCUCCGUGCCGUGCGGAUGCCGCUCAGCCGUGUUUGGCGCACCCGGCUCCCGGCGUGGCUCCAGCCUCAGCUGGAAGCCCCCCAGAGCAGAGCUGUGUACAUGGACCCAGCUCCAAGGGCAACCAUGGCCCCCAACUCCCAGGGAGGGCGGGGGAUCCUUCACCUGCAGCUCCUGAGGAGCCGUGUCUCAACAAGGCUGUCAGGGCUGGGCUUGACAGGAGGGAAACUGAGGCAUGGAGCCGAGCAGGAGGAGAGAGUGACUUGCCCCAUCAUGCGGCAGCUCAGAAUCUAUAUUUAUACAGCCCCCCGCCCCCCCCCGCCCCCCCGGCUCCCUUGGGCAACCAGUCAGUGGGAGAGAAGGAAGCAUGGUGGAAAACACGAAAUCUGCUUUGGCUGCCUUCUCCUCCCCGGGGUCGCUGCCCCAGCCGAUGCCGGGCGCCGGCAGCGGCUCCCCGGGGCGCGGCGCUGCCCUGGCGGCCCCGGGCGGCGGCGGGCUCCGGCUGGAGGCGGUGAUGGAGAAUCUGCAGCGGCAGCAGGCGGCGCGGCUGGCCCGGGUGGAGGAGAAGCUGCGGCGGGGCAGGCGGAGCCCGGCCCGGGGCAGCUGCGCUCCGCGGUGGGGAGCCGCGUCCAGCAGCAGGCGCUGGCCAUCCAGCACUACCAGGCGGCGGUGCGCUGCGGGCUGGCCCCCCGCGGCCGCCUGGGGGGCUCCCCGCCGGGACCCGGCGCCCCGGACCGCGAGGAGGAGAAGGAGGAGGACCUGGAGGGAAGAGGCGGGGGCGGCCGGUACCCGCCGCAGCGCCCGGAGCCCGCCCGCUCGCUCUCCCCGCCCCGCCAGCCAGCGCCCCAGCACCACGAGUGGACCUACGAGGAGCAGUUCAAGCAGCUCUACGAACUGGACGACGACCCCAAGCGGAAGGAGUUUCUGGACGACCUCUUUGGCUUCAUGCAGAAGAGAGGGACUCCAGUGAACCGAAUCCCCAUCAUGGCCAAGCAGGUGCUGGACCUGUACACGCUGUACCGGCUGGUGACCGAGAAGGGCGGCCUGGUCGAAGUGAUCAACAAGAAGAUCUGGCGGGAGAUCACCAAAGGCCUCAACCUCCCCACGUCCAUCACCAGCGCGGCGUUCACACUCCGCACGCAAUACAUGAAAUACCUGUACCCCUACGAAUGUGAGAAACAAGCCCUCAGCUCCCCCGGCGAGCUCCAGGCCGCCAUCGACAGCAACCGGCGAGAGGGGCGGAGGCAGAGCUUUGGGACGGCGCUUUUCAGCUACUCCCCCGUGGGCACCCCGGCCAUGCUGGCCUCCCCGAAGAUCCCCAUGCCGGCCCUCACCGUCUCCACGCACAGCUGCAGCCAGACGAGCCAAGUGCACGCCAUUAAGAAAGAAGACGGCGUCCUGUCCGCGGCGGUGCCCAGCCGCAUCGCCAUCCCCGUCAGCCUGGCAGGGCACCACAUCGCCACCGCCUCCCAGGUGGCCGCACUGGAGCAGCUGCGGGAGAAGCUGGAGACAGGGGAGCCGCCCGAGAAGAAGGUGGCGCUGAUGGCAGAGGAGCAACAGCGGCUGAUGCAACACGCCCUGCAGCAGAACCUGCUGGCCAUGGCCUCCCAAUUCCCCAGGAACAUCAAGAUCAGCAACCGAGAUGACAGACAGGAGACCGCAUUGAACCUGUCCACCAACGGCAUUAGCAGCAUCAACAUGUCAAUAGAAAUAAAUGGAGUUGUCUACACAGGCGUCCUGUUUGCCCGCAGACCCCUUGUCCCAGGGGCACCUGGCAGCAACAGCAGCAGGAGCUCCCACGGCCCGUCGAGCCCGGUGCCCGCGCAGAACCAGCGGCUCUCGGCGUCCUCACGCAGUCACACUCCCGCCAGUGCCUCGCCGUGAGGGCGGGAGAGUCGCCGAGGACCCCCCACCCCGCCAGCCCCCCACCAUCCCCCUCAGAAAUAAAGCAACUUGGAGUCAAAGUCCAAAACCCCAGGGGAGCACCCACGACAUGCCUUCUGCAUGCGCGCCCCCCGCCUCUGGCACAGCAAGACCCCUUCUGCCCUGGCCACCUGGGCCACAGGAAUCAGCUGGGGGGGGGCACUCUGGCCGCACUGCAGUGGGGUGAGGGGCUCUGGCCAGGCUGCAGUGGGGUGAGGGGCUCUGGCCAGGCUGCUGUGGGGUGAGUGGCUCUGGCCGGGCUGCCGUGGCCUGUGGGGCUCAGGCUGGGAGUGCUGAGGACUUUGGCUUUCAUUGCACAUGCUUGGACUUGACCUUAGCAGGAAAGUGUCAGGGGUGGGGGCAGGGAAUGUGGCUGCUCAUGUGUCCAGGCUGAGCCACUGAGCGGGGCAGAGGGAUCUGCAUGCACCCUGCCCCUAACACACUCACGUGUGAUACCCCAUGCACACGCACAUGCACGCACACACACAGCACAUCCCCCCCCCCCAGCAUGCCCACAUGCAAUCCCCUCUCUCCGUUACACACACACAGAGUCCGUGUGUUACCUGCUCACGUGGGACACCUUUCAUUGUUAUACAUAGAGCCUGCCCUGGUACACACUUACUUGUGGUACCCCGUUACACAUUCAUUCGUACCCCAUUACACACUCACACGUGGUAGCCACCCCUCUUGCACACGAUCCUGUCUCCCUGCUCAUCCUUGGCAAAUGACAUGUAGUGUAGCUGAAGAAGCUCCCAGCCACCAGCCCCAAGGCCAGGCCAGAGAGCAGGACAAGGAGGAGCAGGUGGCAGGGGCAGGGAGACAGAGCAGCGGGCAGGGGAGGGGAAUGUGUGGGGCUGGGGCUGGCACACUGGCCACAGUGCUCCUCAUGGACUCAGCCAACCCCUAAGUGCCCCAUCCUGCCUCCAGCCGGGGGCGCUGGCAGAGCUGUUGGGGCUGGCUGGGCUAAAAGCUUUUCUGGCCCUGGGGAGGAGCAGAGGGACUGUUUGGAUGCCAGCUGGGGACAGCAGCCCUUCACAGUGGUGUCUGGGCUCCUGUGCCAGGCAGCUCCUAGUUCUGUUGCUGUGUGCUCUUUGUCCCUCCUCUCAAGUCGCCUUCACCUUCAUUACUGAAUUCCCUCCCCAUAGGGCUCAGGGCCACAACCCUGCACUGUGGGUACAGAGAGGACACCCCUUUGGGCCUGCACUGUCCCCCGUGCUCCCCUCCUCCACCCACAAGGCCCCCAAAGAUGGGAGAAGGAGCAGGGCACUUGGAUAAGCUGGACCCUAAGGUGUAAGGAGGAUUCAUGGGGUUAAAGUGGCGACCUCAAAGCACCCACCUGAGCCAGGAAUCGCUGGCCCCAAGGCGCCCGGUUUUGCCCGCUGAGCUGCAGUGAGCUCGGCACAGACCGCCCCCCCCCGGCGCCAAACCUCACCAGACUCCUGCCCACCUCCCCCAGGGCUCACAGGGCAGGAUCCGUGCCCCCUCCAGGCCGCAGGCAGAGGCGGGCUAAGGCUGUGGCGGGCGCAGGGCCCAGCGGCAGGUGGGUCUCACACUGAUGCGGCUAGGCUGGGCGAUCGGCCCCAGGGAAACGCCCAGAAGAGCCCAAAAGAGUGAAUAUGGAAAUGGGGGGUUUCCACUGAAAUUGUGAUAUUAAAAAAGCAGGACGUUUCCCCUCCCCCAGUCUGUACUCCACCCUCCUCCCCCAUCGCCUGCAGAGCCCCUCCCCACCCCCCACGGCCUGGCCUCAGCACUGUAGGGCGGGGGGCUGCAGUGAACAUGAGAGGAACUGGGGCAGCCUGCGGGGGGGU